AUGCUCUCGCUUGUGCUGGCCUUGGCUGCCCGAGCGGUAGUGGCCUGCGAGGAAGAUUGCAGCAGUUUGCUCCAAGCACGGGCGCCGGUGGCCCAAUACACCGUAGUCGAGCAACAAGAGAUUGUUUGGAACAUCGCCAGAGGGAUCAAUUACACGCUCCAGUUUUUCAGCAUGGUUCCGACCUUCGGUGCCGAUGGGAACUACAUCGCCUUGCUCCAUGAGUUUGACCCUGUACUCUCGAAGCUUGGCGCUGAAGAAUCGCAACUGUACUGCUCGGAUGCCUCUGGCUUGCACAAAGCACAGCUGCGAGUCUAUGGCAGGGAGAAAGGCAUCCCUGUGAGCCUGAUCUUCCAGUGCGACUGGCCGGAGGAGCUGAGCGAGGUGGAAAACUUCGAGGUCUUCUUGGAGAAUGAGGAGGGGAAGACUUUGGGGAAGGUGGCGGUGAACCACAACACGCCAACCGCAAAGCACCAGAGUGUUGCUUGUGUGCGCGACGUUUUCAUGUUGGAUGGGGUCAAUGAGACUUUGGCGUACAAACACUUGGUCGAGUGGUUAGAGUUUCAUCUCUACCAUGGGAUGGAUCACUUCUUCGUUUAUACCUUCGGCACUGUGGACGAUGUCUAUGAGGAGAUAUUGAAGCCAUACCUCCUGGCAGGCGCAGCAACCCGGAUCCACUUCAAGACGCGUCCUGACUUUCACCGGCUGCGGCACUACUGGAGCAUGACCGAUUGCUUGUACCGGUCCAAGAACCAUGCCACGUGGGUGAUGCCGACCGUGGACCGUGAUGAGUACUUCCGGGUCACCGGACCGAACGAACUUUUCGGCACCCCUUCAGUGCCGAAGAAUUAUUUCCACACCGUGUGGGAUGCCAUUGUUCGCCAUGAAGGCAAACGAGAGGAGGACGUGAAGAGCAUCACCUUUGACCUGUACCGCUUCGAGCUGCCCUCGCGGGACGAGCUGACCAUUAGUUCGACUAUGCGACAAGCAGAGACACAGGCGGCACCCUUCAGCAGGGGCGAGGGCAAGAAAGGCUGGCCCAAAUUUGUCUACAAUGUCAAGAACGCGAACUCCGUGUACGUCCAUUGGGUCCACAGUUCGGUGCAUGGCACGGAGGAUCUUCAUAUUUCGCCCAGCUUGGGAGUCGCCAACCACUACCGUUCACCCUUUGACUUUGAUGAGCACGAGUUCCCAGCAAAUGUUUCGGAUACCACGUUGCAGACAGAUGUCGUGGCCUUGGAAGAGGCUUUGGCCGCACGCUUCCAACGCAACCCGCGCGAGUUUUUGAAGUACCUCAGCCACAAGCACCCUGCGCCUGAUGUACCCGAAUCCAACUGGUUCGCUGCCACAGAUCGGCUUCCAACAUCCUGGAAGGCUGCGCUGCCCGAGUAUAUUCCAGUUGACUGGUUUGGCGGCGCUGCCGGGCACAACCUCCUUGCUGAGAAUGGCAUUUUUGACCAGCUUAAGCGAGAUGACCUGCAAAUGUUUGGGUAA